UAAAGAGUAAAAUGUUUGAUCAAAGUGCUGAACUUGAAGAAAAUCGUCGUCUUGAUAAAUUACUUGAUGUCCUAGCGAGUCAAAACAGUGAUGACGACGAUGAUUCUGAUGAUGAUUCAAGUGAUUCUGAUUCAGAUAUACAGUCAAAUGAUGGAGAUUCAAGUACAUCCAAAGCAGCAUUCUCAGUUUUGCCAAUUCAACCAUCGCAAAUCGCACGUGUGGAUAUUUCUCACAUCGCUACAUUAUCAAACCUAUUCCAACAUAUAUCAUUUGAAGAAUUUGACCUGAUAACAGACUGUAAAGACCCUGAGUUAAAAGAACUCAUGGUGCUCAAUCGCGCUAAACAUGUGCAGAUAAAAGCGCUCAUCACAAAAUACACUGAAAUGCUUGCUGACUGUGAAGACAGUUUACGUUUUCAUGAGCACAAUAUACAAAAAAUUGAACCGCUCAUCAGAGGAAACCUCAGACUGAACCGAUGUGGUUUCCCGUAUUUUAACUACAAUCAAUUUCGGCCACCAAACAACCCGGAUUAUUUCCGAAAGAAACAGGCGAAUAUUGUCAACUUGAACUACGUAGUUCGACGGCAGAAGGCUUCAGUGAGAAAAACCACACGUCUAAGAACAUGCGUGCUUUUUCAUUAUGUGAUGCAACACGAAAACCGCGAUGUGUUGGGCGAUAUUUCCGAUGAAAAUGCCAUGGUUAAUAUUAGUAAAGUUAAACCACCGGCAUUAUAUGAUGAUACUCACAUAAAUUGGCAUACGAUUGCUGAAAAUGAUUUCGGUGAUCCGGAAUUAGCUGAUUGUUUGAGGGGAUUGUGGAAUAACUACGUCCAUCCGAGUUUGAAUACUUCGAAAUUCACACAAGAGGAAACUGAUAAAAUGAUAGCAUACAUCAAAGAUAAUCCAGGGGCAUAUUGGAUGGAUGUUGCGAAUAUGUUACAAACAAAUCGUAGUGAACAUCAGGUUUGUUCACAUUAUCAUUAUUUCACCAAUGUGGAUCAUACAAAUACUGUUGUACCCGAUGAUGAAGUUGAUUUAAAUCAAUGUCAACGGAUCGGGUGGAAGCCAUCUUGGUUUGCAUUCAAUCGUGCUCUUCGUCGUGAGCGAUAUCUAAAAGAUAUAGUAGAUUGCAAAGCAGGCGCUUUUUCUAUGCAAGAAGACUACAAAAUCCUAUCAUUGAUAAAGAAAUACGGCGUUGAUUUUCAUAAAAUAAGUGAAUGCAUGCCUCACAGAUCAAAAGCGCAGAUUUCUCAACGGUAUAAGAAUAAUCUCCAACUUUUUGACCACCGUUUCGGCAAUUACAAGCUCCAUGACGACGAAACUAUCUUAGAACAUGUUAAAAAACACGGUGAAGCAAAUUGGAUGAUUUUAGCGGAGAAAUUGCAUCGGAACCCGGGGCAAGUGAGGCAUAGAUAUAAAAGACUCCGGAAGUACAUGGACGAAAAUGGCAGAGUUGAUUUACAAUCAAUUCCACGGCGAAUUGGUUAUGGCGAACGAGCUAAACGCCUACAGAUAAAAAUCAUGCACGCGAAUAGCUUGGACGAAUCAGAGAUUGAUGCACUAGCGAUGAUGCCAGUUCGAAAAGUUCGCAUGCAUUCGGAUAUUGAUAAUUUAAUCGUGCAGUUUUUUUCACCUACUGCGCAAUUGAAGAAAGUGAAACAAGUGAAAACUAUCGACGAAGAUAGAUUGGAUCAUUGCGCAGACAGUGUGCGCAUAAUAUUGAAUAUUUUCCAGGCAACUUUAAAUAUUCCAGAGGAUUUAACUGAAUUUCCUGAAUUGGAUAAAGUUGAUAUGGAAAUAUUGGAUGAAUUAAGAAAUGAAACUUUUCAACAAUCAGAUAAUAUAGUAAUACCACCGAAUGUCAGCUCAACUCAAGCAUUGAGAUAUUUCCUGAUGCAGAGUUUUUGUGGUGGUAGUGAAAUACAAUCGGAAAUUGGUGAAAUCACACCAGAAAUGCAAAAGUUUAAGGAUAGAUUUAAAGCAUUCUUCAAGAUACCUUCGUUGAUGUCGAUUGUAGAGCCGCCCGAUGCUAUCAGAGAGUGGAUAUCCGCUGCCAAAGCAUAUACGAAGCCAAAGGAAGCACCGCCGAAGCGCACACGUGGUAGACCAAAGAAGGACUUGACGAGGAUUCAUCGAAUGCUUGAAGCUAAAGCUAGAAAAGCAGAAAAAGCAAAAGGAGUUAGAAAAUCACCGAAAGAUGUGCAAGUAAAGGCGAAAAGUCCAAAAAGGAAACCGAAAUCUCCUAAAAAAACAAUAAAAUCCCCUAGGAAAACAAGAAAAUCUCCUGUGAAACAAAUAAAAUCACCUAAAACACGAACAAAAGUUGUUAAACAUGAAGAUAAACCAACAACUUCAAAACAAUUGAAUAACAACGCUAACAAUAAACUUCAACAAGGUUUGGCGUUUACAUUCGACGGUAGUAAAUUAAUACCUGAUGAUAAACCUAUUAUAACUCCUGCUCCUCAAGUUGCACCGAAAGUAAUGAUACUGAAAAAACUUGAUAAAGCAACCAUUGAAAGAUUGAAACAAAAGAAUCUCCUCAAAUCGGCAAAACCAAUAAAUGUGAUAGAAAAAGAUGUUGAACUGGUGCUUUCGACUGCGAAUGACAAGAAACGUCCGUGUGAUGCAUCACCAGAAGAAUCAGUCGUUAAAAAACUUAAAAUUACCGAAGUGGUUUCCCAGGCACAAAAUGGCGACUGUAAAUAAUUAUAAAAAUUUAUAUUAUCUUGUUAUAAACAUGUUCAUUGCAUCUGGGACAUCUUUUUGAGUUCCGGAGCCACUUGGAAAUUACAUCCGGUUGAAGAGAGAACGUCUUCGACGUUUACGCCUUCGGCAAGUUCGAUUAAUGUUAAUCCAUCUUCAGGAUGAACAUUAAACACGCACUGUAAGAAGAUAUUUUUCUUAAUAAGAAUCUAUUUUUGAUUAAAA